CCCGCUCUGAGCCGAUGGAGGGCGACCUCGGUCACCCACCAUGCGCCAACACUCUUGCUGUGUGUCCAAGGUGAAGGCGUCAAGCGUAGGUAUAUAAGCGCCAUAGCCUGCACGCCCGUCUGUCUGGCUGUCUGGCUCUCCAUCCAUCUUCUGUCUACAUCGCCCAAACACUGCUGCACUCCCCCGCACACCCCCAUCCAUCGCAGCUCGCCGUCCCCUACUGCAUGCUGCCGGGUUAUCAAAUCCCACCCUACCGCCUCUCUAGCCAAAGCCUCCACCAGCACACAGGCUCAUCCAGCCACCUGACCAACUCGGACGCAGUAUUCUUACCGCCAGUCGUACCAGUCACGUCGUAGAAAGCAUAGACAAACUUUCUUGAGAGUCGUGCUCUUUCACGACUGCACCUCCAGCACCUUUCCUGUCGCCUCCUUUGCAUACCCACAAGCACAAUCCAGCCCCCUUCCGCCAUGCCUACACUUUCCUCGGCCCGCUACGGCAAGGACAAUGUCCGUGUCUGCAAGGUUCACAGGGACGCCGAGACGGGUAGGCAAGAUGUCAGUGAGAUGACCGUGUGCUGUCUGCUCGAGGGGGAUAUUGAGACAUCAUACACCAAGGCCGACAACAGCGUCGUUGUGGCCACCGACUCCAUCAAGAACACCAUCUACAUCAAGGCCAAGGAGACCCCAGUUAACCCCCCGGAGCUGUACGCUAGCACCCUGGGUCAGCACUUUAUCGACAAGUACAGCCACAUACACACGGCCCACGUCAAGGUCGUCGUACACCGCUGGACCCGCAUGACCAUCGAUGGCCAGCCGCACCCCCACUCCUUCUUCCGCGACGGCCAGGAGACCCGCACCGUCGAGGCCACGGUCCGCCGCGGCGCCGGCAUCGCCGUCCGCAGCGGCAUAGUCGGCCUGACGGUGCUCAAGAGCACCGGCUCCGCCUUCCACGGCUUCAUCCGCGACGAGUUCACCACCCUGGGCGAGACCUGGGACCGCAUCCUGUCCACCGACGUCGACUGCGGCUGGACGUGGAAGGCCAUGCCCGACCUGGCCGCCGUCGGCGCCGCCGCGGCCCAGUUCGACAAGGCCUGGGAGGACGCGAGGGCCAUCACCAUGAAGACCUUUGCCAACGACGCGAGCGCCUCGGUACAAAACACCAUGUACAAGAUGUGCGAGCUGAUCCUCGAGGCCGCACCGGGGGCCGAGAAGGCCGACUACUCGCUCCCUAACAAGCACUACUUUGAGAUUGACCUCAGCUGGCACCAGGGAUUGGCAAACACCGGCAAGGACGCCGAGGUUUACGCUCCCCAGUCAGGACCGAAUGGUCUUAUCAAGUGUGAGGUUUCUCGCUGAAAAGCAAGGCGAGGACCAUUCAGAGCUAGAUGUGGCACGUUGUCUCGUUACGCGAGACUUUACACGGCUGGAUAUAUCAAGGUACAUUGUUGCACAGACUGAGGUGCAGGGUUCGAUAGACUGACAUCAGCUAUGAAUUUAUAAUCCCGAAUACAUGUUUUGCAAGCUAUUCCCAUUGCACGCCAUAUAACGCCGUCUCAACAAUGCCUGACCUCGGUAGAUAUGGCAGAUCAUACCCGAG